AUGAGCUGCCAGGAGCUGCCCGAGGUGGUCGCGCCUGACGACCAGCUUAACUCCACCGCGAACGACACCACCGAGGAGUUCAAGGUGGAGCUCGGGCUCGAGAUUAGACUCUUUCGUCAGGAGCUAACCGCCGCCCGAGAGGAGAUCAAGGUGUUCCGUAGUGAAGUGCAGGAGCUUAAAAACUCCUUCUUAGCAACGGAUCAGCGUCUGAAUGCUUUGGACUCGCGAGUUGACCAGUUGGAGCAGCGGCUCACGGAUGGAACGGGCUCGCGACUCGAGUCCAUCAUAGCUGAACUACGGCUGGAGUUGAAUGAAAAGGACCAGGAGAUGCUCGAGAAUGACGUCGAGGUCUCCAACCUUCCAGAAGAGAGCGGGGAAAACCCAAUGCACCUCAUUUUGUCAGUGGCCAAUAAACUUGGAGUUAGUCUUCGUGAGUCCGAUGUGGUGAGUGCCGAGCGGGUCGGUGCUAGGAACCGUUGGAGCCGGGCGCCGGGCGAGGGCGGGGAGGGCGCGGGCGCGGAGGCGGGCCGGCCGAGGCCACUAGUGGUGCGACUUACGCGCCGCGCGCUCAAGGACGACCUGAUGACCGCGGCGCGCAUCCGUCGCGGAGCCACUUCGGCCGACCUCGGCCAGUCCUCUGCGCCGCGCCCCAUCUACAUCAACGAACGGUUGACAAAAAACAAUCGGUACUUAUUUCGGCAAGUACGGGAGGCAGGGCGAAGCCAGUCCUGGAGAUUCACCUGGACCAAAAAAGGCCGUAUAUACGCGCGAAAGUGCCAGGACUCGCCCCGUCAAUGGAUACGCACCGUGGAUGACAUUGCUCGUGUGUUUGGUGUUCCAUCAAACUCAUAA